ACUGUUUCUAAUUACUUUCCUGCCUAGACUCUCCACUUGAGGGGUUUGGCACCAGCACCCCGCCCAGAGCGGUGCCGCUGCCCAAAUCCUCACAGGCAGCUCAUCAACGCACUUGCAGCUCCGGGUAGAGACCUGGACCCGCGCGCCUGAGUGUCGGUGGGUCUGUCUGCCUGGCCAUCUGCUGGUGGUACCUCUCCCUCCUGCAGCCUCCCACUGUGAGCCCCACCUUGCAGAAGCACAGCUCGCCUCCACAGCCCGGGAGCUCAGCAUGUGUCCUGCAGGCUUUAGGAACUUCUUGCUGCUGGCCUCCUCCCUCCUCUUCUCCGGGCUGUCAGCUGUUCCUCAAAGCUUCUCGCCAUCUCUGAGAAGCGGGCCUGGUGCCCUGUGCAGGCUCUCCCAGGCCGAAUCGGAGCGCCGGUGCCGGGCACCGGGGCAGCCCCCAGGGGGCACUCUGUGCCACGGCCGGGGCCGGUGUGACUGCGGUGUCUGCAUCUGUCACGUGAGCGAGCCGGGUGUGUACUUCGGGCCCUUGUGUGAGUGCCACGAGUGGGUGUGCGAGACCUACGACGGGAGCACCUGUGCAGGCCAUGGUAAGUGUGACUGUGGAAAGUGCAAAUGUGACAAAGGAUGGUCUGGGGACGCUUGCCAGUAUCCAACUAACUGUGACCUGACAAAGAAAAAAAGUAACCAAAUGUGUAAGAAUUCCCAAGAUAUCAUCUGCUCUAAUGCAGGUACAUGUCACUGUGGCAGGUGUAAGUGUGAUAAUUCAGAUGGAAAUGGACUCGUUUAUGGUAAAUUUUGUGAGUGUGAUGAUAGAGAAUGCAUAGAUGAUGAAACGGAAGAAAUAUGUGGAGGCCAUGGAAAGUGUUACUGUGGAAACUGUUACUGCGAGGCUGGUUGGCAUGGAGAUAAAUGUGAAUUCCAGUGUGAUAUCACCCCCUGGGAAAGCAAGCGAAGAUGUACAUCUCCAGAUGGCAAAAUCUGCAGUAACAGAGGGACUUGUGUAUGUGGUGAAUGUUCUUGCCAUGAUGUUGACCCAACUGGAGAUUGGGGAGAUAUUCAUGGAGACACCUGUGAAUGUGAUGAAAGGGACUGUAAAGCUGUCUACGACAGAUAUUCUGAUGACUUCUGUUCAGGUCAUGGGCAGUGUAAUUGUGGAAGAUGUGACUGCAAAUUAGGCUGGUAUGGGGAAAAGUGUGAACACCCACAUUCCUGCCCACUGUCAGCUGAGGAGAGUAUCACAAAAUGCCAAGGAAGUUCUGAUCUGCCAUGCUCUGGAAGGGGUAAAUGUGAAUGUGGCAAGUGCACUUGCUACCCGCCGGGAGAUCCGAGGGUUUAUGGCAAAACGUGCGCGUGUGAUGAUCGCCGCUGCGAAGACCUGGACGGAGUGGUCUGUGGAGGCCAUGGCACAUGUUCCUGUGGUCGAUGCAUUUGUGAGAGAGGAUGGUUCGGAAAGCUCUGCCAACAUCCCAGGAAGUGUAAUAUGACGGAGGAACAAAGCAAGAGUUUGUGUGAAUCAGCAGAUGGCAUAUUGUGCUCAGGAAAGGGUUCUUGUCACUGUGGAAAGUGCAUUUGUUCUGCAGAAGAGUGGUAUAUUUCGGGAGAAUUCUGCGACUGUGAUGACAGAGACUGUGACAAACAUGAUGGGCUGAUCUGCACAGGGAAUGGAAUAUGUAGCUGUGGCAACUGUGAAUGCUGGGAUGGAUGGAAUGGAAACGCAUGUGAAAUCUGGCUUGGCACAGAAUAUCCAUAACAAUUACAUGGAAGAGGACUGAUUCUUAUUUUUCUCAGUAAUUAGAACAUAUAAAAGCAAAGGAAACCAUGUAUAAUCACCACGAGGACAGGUCAAACAGACUGUUGUAUGUUUUUCUAUUUCUGAAUGCCUGAAUGAAAUCUGGGUACCCAUUAAAAAUGAGUUAAGCAAACUCUGAUGUAAAUAACACCAGAAAGAAAUUUCCUUCCAUAAUUUACAUCAGUGGUUCUCAACAGGGGCAACUUUGCCACCCAGAAAACAGUUAGAAAUGUCUACAGACAAUUUUGAUUGUCACACUGGGUGGGGUGGGAGGGUGUUCUACUGGCAUUGAGUGGGUAGAGGCCAGGGAUGCUGCUAAAUAUCCCACAGAGCACAGGGCAGCACCCCACUCCCCUCAAGAGAAAGAAUUAUCUGAUUUUAAAGGUCAAUAGUGCCAGAGUUGAAAAAUGCUGAAUUACACGGUUGUUAGAAAUGCACAUCCCUACACAAGAAAGGCCAUUUUACAAUCUAAGAAAAAGACAUACCUUCAUAUAAAUCCAUCAAUCAUGUUUUUCCAGGUUUUCAUGUCAUUCAACAUUUCAGUAUGGGGAUGAUGAAGACACACACACGUGAAGUAUAAUGUUGGUGUGUGGGGGCAGAGGCCAGAUCACCAUGAAAAAACACUGGUUAUUUUUCAGUCAUCAAGUCAUUUCUCCAGUCUCAUUUUAAACUCACAAAAAGAGAUUCUCUUAAGAUGGAGGAAAAAAUUAUGAAAAAUGUACAAUUUAACAUUUUUAAUAAACACUGACAUAGUUAUUUACACUCUGCGUCAAUAUGUAUUUACCAACUGAUGAUUAACAACAACAACAAAAAAUUGCUUUUCAGGACUACCAAUUUUCUGUUAUAGAACAUUUUUCAAACCGGGCAGGGGUUCAUAUACAAGGUAUCUGAUUCUUCACUAUUUAAAUUACUUGAUGAUAACUCACCUUUAAAAAAGAUAAUAUCUAGUUUGCUGUAUGAUGGGCCUGAAAUAUGCAUUCAUUUCUCUUAAAAGACUCUCUUAUUUCUAAGGAUUUGUUCAUUACUUGCCGGAAAAGUAGGUCAUAAGAAGUCAAGAAGAAAUAUGAUGAUAAAAUGGCACCAAAAUGGUUUCAAAAACUCAGAGGAUAAAAAAAAAAA